UAAAGUACUGGACCUUACAAUGAAAAAACCAUAGUGGAUUCAUGGUAACUGGGCGAAAAAAAGUCUAACAGAAGAAAAAGCUACCAUAUGUUCGUGUAUAUAUAUAUAUAUUUCGGCUCCACUUUCCCCUUGUCUCCUACUUGAGUCUUUUCUCCCUCUACUUCAGCUUUCCAUUGUUUCCUUGGACUUUGCUAUAAGCAAGUUAAUCUCAUCUUGUUGGCCUGGCCUUGUAAUCAUAGGUUGAUAUGGGACUUUGCUUAGGAUCUCUCGCUCAUGAGCCUGAUCCUACCACCACCACUUCACCACCUACUCCAGGGACAUCAAGCAGCAAGAACAUAGAAUCAUCAGCAACAAGCAGCAGUACCGGGAAGAGUCAAUUUUCAGGAGUAAGUGGAAGCGCGGACGAGUCAUAUCCUAAUGGCAAAAUCUUGGAGACACCCAACUUGAAAGAAUUCAGCUUUUUGGAUUUAAAGACCGCGACUAAGAAUUUCAAGACGGAUUCUUUGUUGGGAGAGGGAGGCUUUGGGAAAGUUUUCAAGGGUUGGAUGGAUGGGAAGACGCUCACGCCCUCUAAGUUUGGCACUGGCAUGGUGGUUGCUAUCAAGAAAUUGAAAUCAGAAAGCAUGCAAGGUUUCCAAGAGUGGCAGUCAGAGGUAAAUUUUCUUGGAAGACUAUCUCAUCCAAACCUGGUCAGACUAUUUGGAUACUGUUGGGAGGAUAAAGAGCUGCUCCUUGUGUAUGAAUUCAUGCAGAGGGGAAGUCUGGAGAAUCAUCUUUUUAGAAGGAGUCCUAACAUUGAGCCGCUUUCUUGGGACAUACGGCUCAAAAUAGCCAUUGGCGCAGCACGGGGCCUGGCUUUCCUACACACUUCAGAAAAGAAAGUCAUAUACAGAGAUUUCAAGGCCUCAAAUAUACUGCUUGAUGGGAACUACAAUGCAAAAAUAUCAGAUUUUGGCUUGGCAAAAUUGGGACCUUCUGGUGGUGAAUCACAUGUGACAACCAGGAUUAUGGGCACAUAUGGUUAUGCUGCUCCAGAAUAUAUAGCAACGGGUCAUUUGUACGUGAAGAGUGAUGUGUAUGGCUUUGGUGUGGUGCUGCUUGAGUUGCUAACAGGGUUACGAGCACUUGAUACGAAAAGGCCUAAUGGGCAGCAAUCUCUGGUUGAAUGGCUUAAGCCAUCUCUUUCUAAUAAAAGAAAGUUGAAAUCCAUAAUGGAUACGAGGAUGGAGGGCCAAUACUCACCAGUGGCAGCAUCACAGGCAACAGAACUCGCUCUGAAAUGCCUGGCACCAGAACCUAAAAGCCGCCCAUCCAUGAAAGAAGUGGCGGCAGCUUUGGAGCGUAUUGAAGCAACAAAGGGAAAACCAAAGGCAAAGGAGUCCAGAAUCGACUCUACUGCUGCAGCUCAUGGCCAACAACCUAUUCAUCGUCGUUCUCCCUUUCAUGCCGGUCACCAUGGUGCUGGAAUUUGAUACAAACAGAUAUUCACAUAAAAGCAACGUGUAGUAGUCUGGUUUUUUCAUUCUUUGGAUUCAACAAAUUUUGUAUGUAACUCACCAUCUAUCUCGAUCUCUUCAAUGGGUGUAAUUCUGUUGUAAUACUCUAUUAAAACACUGAAUACAGUAAAAAUUGUAAGGCGACUCAA